AUGCAUCCGUCGGGCGCCGCCAGUAAACGCAGCGCGUUCGAGGCGGCAGCUUGCCAGCAGAGCUACCGCGUGGCGGACGUGGAGUUGGCCACCUGCAAGCUGCACGGAGGCGCCGCCGUGUUGUGUUCGACCGCGGGCAAAGUUGGUCGCAACGGUCGCAGUGCCGCUGUAGGUGCCACUCUCUUUUGGCUCACCUGCCCUUACCUGAACACGAUGGUGGCACGGCUUGAGCGGCAUGGCGCGGUCGGGGCGCUGCAGCGGCUCGUGGAUGAAAAUGGCAGGCUGGCCGCCCAGCACGUGGCUUCUCAUGCGCGCUACGAGGCCCGCGCCCGGGCACUGCUGAGCGACCAGCGGUGGGCAUUUUUUGAGUCCCACUUUGUUUCCCCUCCUGAGUCCGCCAGCGGUCGCAAGUACGGCAACGCCGCCGUGGGCCACGCGAAGGAUCUUAAGUGCCUGCACGCCCUCGUUGCCCAGUCCCUGUGUGGCGCCCCCAACCCCAUUGGGGAUGCCGUCCUGCAGUACAUUCUUCACCUCUCCAAGAGGGUGGAGGCGGUGCGGCAGCCAGAGCGGGAGUCUCUCCCUGCGAAGGAGGCGAAGGCGGCGGCGGCGGCGGCGGGGGAGGAGGAGAAGGAUAACGCCGCCCCCGCCUGUGUGAGCUCGCUUGACGAUAUCUCUGCCUUUGUCGCCUUCGUGGAGGGCUGGGCACUUCAGACUGAAGACGAGCGUGGGGCGUUUCCGUCCGCGUUGGACGCGAAUGACGUUUGCUCCGCUGCAUGCAAUGUGCUGACUUUUCUCGAGGGACGGCCACCGCGGCCUCGCAAAAAACAUCGCAUAAACUGA